AUGGAGCUCAGGGAGCUGACGAUCUGCUCUCACAGUUAUAACCUCUCUGGUUUGGUAUCACCCAUGGCAUCUGAUCAAAGUUCAUCAGUUGGAAGCAGUUUUGGGUUGGAACAGGUGAGCAGCGCAUCAAGUACAGAGUAUGAGAGUUUGCUGGAUUUGGAUUUUAUACUCGAAAACAGUUCAAAUCAGAAAACAACAUCUUCGAAUGACUCUUUCACCUAUCUUCACAGGACUACAUCAACUGCCAGUAGUUCGUCCGUAGUAGAUGGGUUUCGGACAAAUGUCCAUGUUCCUCCAAUGACCACAUCGCUUCCGGCCUUCCCGCGAAUACUGCAGACUUGCUCUGGUGAAACGACAACCAGCUGCUCUCUUUCACGCUGUGGUGGGAAAUAUUAUUAUGAACUGGGUAAUGUAAGUUCUAGUGUGACUACCAAGAACGAUUCCAUGUUUCCGGAACAAAAUUCAGUAUUACGACAUCCUUCUCCGUAUAUGUGGACAAGUAACGGAACGAGCACGGGCAGUUCGGUUUUGGCAACGCAGUAUCCACCGCUACACUCUUACUCACAACGUCAAACCCAACAAACGCCAGAACCUGUUUCGGAAACUUAUAUGACACAGUUGCGUUCGACUGAGCUAGCCGCCCCACAAAUAUCAUACGUUAAUCCUGUCGAUCCAACGACUGAUGCAUCAACCGUGUUGUCACCCUAUACCGUUGGCGUCCAGCACACACAAGUGCAGUCCAUAUCCACACGCUAUGCUCCCACGUCACGUGUUGCGCUUACUUCGGCGAAUCAACAACUGCAGCAGCAACAGAACCACUUCAAUGCCAUUUACGUCCCCUCUGCUUACCUUCCUGCAGCUGAAGAAUCUCCCUUCACGUUGACCAUGGCAGACACAGUAAAUUCCCCGCACAUGAAUUCAGUUACCAAACAGCAGCAAACACCCGUAAGCCAUCAGCCCACAUCAUCUUUGGUCAACCACAAACACAGUCCUACACUUAGUUGCCUUUACGGCCUGGAUAAUGCUGGUCAGGUUGGACAGAGUGCUUUCCGGGCUUUGAUUCCGCGUUCUCAAUCCCAAAAUCCCAGCACUCAUGGUCCAGCUAUCGCUCACGGUUCCAAUGACUUUACUUAUCAUCCCAUGUCCAUCAGCUCUACAACCGGUACAGAUGUCACUUCAGCAGAUAAAAUCAACGUUAUCAAGCCACCCAGAACCCAAUGUCGAUCAUCCAUGCCCAAACCUGGAUCGUCGGUUGCCGGUCCUUUUACAACAAGACGCUCGAAAUCAACGCGAACCAAAGGAACCGAUGGUUCUGGUCGCAGCAAGAAGUCCCUAGCUCUCUUGCACACAUGCCCAUUUAGUACAUGUGCUAAGGCUUAUUCCAAGAGCUCACAUCUCAAAGCUCACAUGAGAGUACACACUGGAGAAAAGCCAUUUCCCUGUGAUUGGCCCGGAUGUUCGUGGCGUUUUGCCCGAUCCGAUGAGCUCACGCGGCACUAUCGAAAGCAUACUGGUGAUCGUCCUUUCCAGUGUCGUCUCUGCCAGAGAGCAUUUGCUCGAAGUGACCAUCUUACCUUGCACAUGAAGAAGCAUCAGACGAACAGCUAG